GGUAACUUCCAAAUAGCAGGGUGUUUCCUAGUUCCUUCCCAUCUCGUGCGUGGGUUCCACCUUGCUGUCAAUUAAGAUAGAAACGGCCUGCCACGUGACUGCGCGUUUCUAUGCAUGUAUGCGCCUGCUUCCCCAGGAAGUAUCUAUUCACAGAAAUUCACGGCCCUUCUUGCCAGAAGCAGCUGCACACCUCUUCAGGGUUUCCUAUUUUAAUAAUUUCCCAUUUCUUAUUCUGCCCAAGAGAUCUGCUCACUCUUUUCAUUUCUUACAUCCAUACUUCCAUACAUACCUACAUACAUUAGGUACACAUGCCCAUCAGCGCAACAAGUCUCCCCGGCACUAUCACGAAACAUAUAACUACCACCCUCUUUUCGGAUCUCGGAUAUCAACAUCAUGUCUACUCCUACCAAGUCUGCCGCAAAUGACUCCGGCGAAAAGCUCCAGCUGAGCCAGCGCGAGAUCGAGGUCAUGGCCAUGGCAUUCAUGUGCAUCAGUGAUGUCAAGGACGGCGUGCCUCAGGUGGAUGCUAGGAAGCUCGCCAAGAUCGGCAACUACGCCAGCGCUGACUCUGCUCGCCACAUCUGGAGACCCAUCCAGAAGAAGCUCAUGGCUCAUACCAGCGGUGAAGGCGAGAACUCUCCCUUCCCAGCCACUCCUUCUACUAGAGGCAGGGGUACCCCCAAGAAGCGCAAGGCCAACGGCGAGGCUGGUGAAGGCACUCCCACCAAGAAGCCCCGCGGCAAGAAGGCCUCCAAGGUCGCACCCAAGAAGGAGGAGUUCGAGGACGACAUUGACGACGAACUAGCCGAUGGCGAGGCUUAGGCGUGAUCUUAGGGACGGAUUUCUUCAUCAGUGAUAUCUAGGCGUUUAUUUCACUUCAGUCAUUCCAAGAGGCUUGGUAUCGGUAGCAGUCCCUACUCGGGUUUGAUUUGAUUCUAUUCGACAGGAGGAAUUACGUUUCAGCUGGCAUGAGGCAGAGGGAAUACCGGAUUUGCAACUACGCGGCGUUGACUGGGGGCAAUUUGCAGUGGCCACUACGGUUGGCAGGCACGAUGCGCAGGAUGGUGCUGCUGGACCACUCUCGAUAUUUAUUACCCAAGGUCCUCUCGUAGAAUUUAAUGACGAACUGAUUAUUGCUAUUAUUAUAGUUUAAUAACUAAACUAGUAAGCAUUCGAAUUGGCUGAAAGAUGUAUUUCCGACGGGUGUAAAUAAUUUCGUCUUAAAAUACCGGAUGGCAUAAUUAUGCAUAAAAGCUGCGAAGGUUAAUUUGCAUAGUC